GGGCCGCCGUAGACGUCUCGGUUAAGGGUGGCACGUGACUAUGACGUCAUGUGACGAGGAAGUGGCUGUGUGAUCCAGGGUGUUCUGGGGUGAUGGCAUCAUACAAAAAGACUGCAUCAGAGAGAGAAGAUUGUAAUCGGGAUGAACCCCCUAGGAAGAUCAUUCCAGAGAAGAAUUCUCUCAGACAGACCUACAACAGCUGUGCCAGACUCUGCUUGAACCAAGAAAACGUGUGUUUAUCCGGUUCUGCCAUGAAGACAGAAAGUUGUGUGGUUAAAACUAAACUUGCCAAUGGCACUUCCAGCAUGAUCGUGCCCAAGCAAAGGAAGCUAUCCGCAAACUACGAGAAGGAGAAAGAGCUUUGUGUAAAGUACUUUGAGCAGUGGUCUGAAUGUGACCAGGUAGAGUUUGUUGAGCAUCUCAUCUCCCGGAUGUGCCACUACCAACAUGGACACAUAAAUACUUACCUUAAACCAAUGUUGCAAAGGGACUUUAUCACUGCACUGCCAGCGCGGGGACUGGAUCACAUAGCGGAAAAUAUUCUGUCCUACCUGGAUGCAAAAUCACUGUGUUCAGCAGAGCUGGUGUGCAAGGAGUGGUACCGAGUGACCUCAGAUGGCAUGUUGUGGAAGAAGCUCAUAGAGAGGAUGGUGAGGACAGACUCAUUGUGGAGAGGGCUGGCGGAGAGAAGAGGAUGGGGACAGUAUCUAUUUAAGAACAAGCCACCAGAUGGAAAGAUGCCACCUAAUUCAUUCUACAGGGCACUUUAUCCUAAAAUCAUCCAAGAUAUAGAGACGAUAGAAUCGAAUUGGCGAUGUGGACGACACAGUUUACAGAGAAUUCACUGUCGGAGUGAAACGAGCAAAGGUGUCUACUGUUUACAGUAUGAUGACCAGAAGAUAGUGAGCGGCCUCAGAGAUAAUACCAUCAAGAUAUGGGAUAAAAAUACUUUGGAGUGUAAACGAGUGCUGACGGGACAUACAGGGUCUGUUCUGUGCCUACAAUAUGACGAGCGAGUUAUCAUUACUGGCUCUUCUGACUCCACAGUCAGGGUUUGGGAUGUAAACACAGGAGAGAUGCUGAAUACAUUAAUUCACCACUGUGAGGCUGUGCUGCAUUUGCGGUUUAAUAACGGUAUGAUGGUCACCUGCUCCAAAGAUCGCUCUAUUGCAGUAUGGGACAUGGCCUCUGCAACAGAUAUCACUUUAAGAAGGGUUCUUGUGGGCCAUAGAGCUGCAGUGAAUGUGGUGGACUUUGAUGACAAGUACAUUGUCUCUGCCUCUGGUGACAGAACUAUUAAGGUAUGGAACACGAGUACAUGUGAAUUUGUGCGUACAUUAAAUGGUCACAAGCGUGGCAUUGCCUGUCUACAGUAUCGGGACAGACUGGUGGUCAGUGGCUCUUCAGAUAAUACCAUAAGGCUAUGGGAUAUUGAGUGUGGAGCAUGUUUACGAGUUCUGGAAGGGCAUGAAGAACUAGUGCGAUGCAUCCGUUUUGACAACAAGAGAAUAGUCAGUGGAGCAUACGACGGGAAAAUUAAAGUGUGGGACCUUGUGGCUGCUUUAGAUCCUCGUGCUCCCGCAGGGACACUUUGUCUGCGGACACUUGUGGAACAUUCAGGAAGAGUAUUCCGACUGCAGUUUGAUGAAUUCCAGAUAGUCAGCAGUUCUCACGAUGACACUAUCCUCAUCUGGGAUUUUCUAAAUGACCCAGCGGCACAUUCGGAGUCCACUCGUUCACCUUCUAGAACAUAUACCUACAUCUCCAGAUAAAUAACACUAACUAGUACCUCACAAAUUGCACAGGACUUUAUUUGAAAAAUCUGAUAACUGAAUCGCCUGUGAAUGCCGGGAAUAUAAACUUUUUACUUGACCAGUAUUUGAUGAAAAGGAGAGAGCCCUUUUGUCUUGACACACCCUGGAUGAUGCAAUCAGACAACUGGAAGCAGCCCUAGCCAACAUGUGCAGCAGACUGCUGGAGAGCUGCUAUCAGAAGUUUUUUUUUUUUUUUUUUUUAACUCCUUUAUUGCUACAGGGGUUUGCUGAAUAUUACAUAGCUGGGGCUAGCACACUCAUGUGUCGGUGACAGUGGUUACUUUUAACAAACUGUUGCAGUGUCGGAAACAAAGACUCUUUAAAUAUAUUUAAUUGUCUUGCCAGAAUGUCAGUUGCUUUGCUUUAAGCAAAAGAACAAUUUCCACUGUGUCCCAUGCUCACGCUGCUUUCAGAUGUGGUUAUAUUUGGAAAUUUGAUGAACUUUUGCAAAUACUUAUAACGAUGAACGGGAAUUUUUUUUCUUUUCCUUUCAAAAAAUAUAAGUUACAAGCCCCCGUAGUGAAUGAAAACAUUUUACCAUAGUAAGCAUGGAAAACAUAUUUUGCCUUUUUUUUUAAAUUAUUAUUUUUAUUUCAUUUUUUUAUUCUUUGAUGUUCGCUGGUAUGUUCACUUUUAUUUUAUUUUUUGCAUUGUAACAAAUCAAGUGUUGUAGAUUCCUGUAAAGUUAUGUAUGGGUCAUUAAAACUUUAGCGUAACAAAAUGAAAUAAAUGAAUUAGACAUUUUAUUAUUGCAUAGGGGGAAAACACUUUUAGGUGUAUGUGUGUUCAUUUGUACUAUUAGUGAAGGAUUUUUAUUUUAUUUUUUUACUUAUUUGCUUGAGUGGUUUGCAUGGUCUCCAUUUAUGAAUCAUGAUUUGUUUGUAAUUGUUCUGUUAGUCACUACAAAAGCAGCAUCAAGCUUGUCACAACCUUGACCCAUCUAUUUUUAUGUUUUCACAGAUUCAAUAAAUAAUACAGUGUAAUAUACUAAUAUAAAACCAUCACUAAAAAAA